CUUUGUACAAAAAGGCACGCCAUCGUUUCACUAGGCAUUACGGUAACGUGAGGUAGGCGUGCUUUGCGUCGGAAUGUACCAUUCUGCCAACACACCGGGAAGGAUUUUGUUGUGACAGCGGAGUUACAACCCGGCGGGGGGACACGGUCAUAAUAUAGUUUUUUUUUUUCAUCUUGGAUCAACAAUGGCCUUCAGCAAGGGAUAUCGCAUUUACCACAAGCUGGAUCCACCCCCCUACAGUGUCAUAGUGGAAACUAGGACCAGGGAAGAAUGCCUCAUGUUCGAAUCGGGGGCUGUUGCUGUUCUGUCGGCGGCAGAGAAGGAGGCCAUUAAAAACACAUACAGCAAGAUUGUUGAUGCCUAUGGGAUACUGGGCGUCCUCCGCCUAAACCUGGGUGACUCUAUGCUCCACAGUCUGGUGGUUGUGACAGGAUGCAGCUCUGUGGGGAAGGUGCAGGAUUCUGAGGUUUUCAGGGUCACACAGACAGACUUUAUAUCGCUGAAGAAUGAUCCAGGAGAUGAGGACCGGAUCGCUGAGGUGCGAAAGGUCCUAAACUCAGGACACUUCUAUUUUGCCUGGUCUUCCACUGGAGUCAGCAUGGACCUCAGUCUCAAUGCGCAUCGCAGGAUCCUCGAAGACACUACAGAUAACCGCUUCUUUUGGAACCAGUCUCUGCACCUGCACCUGAAACAUUAUGGAGUAAACUGUGAUGACUGGCUGUUGAGGCUGAUGUGUGGGGGUGUGGAGAUCAGGACCAUCUAUGCAGGGCACAAACAGGCCAAGGCCUGCAUCUUCUCCCGCCUCAGCUCAGAGCGAGCCGGCACGCGAUUCAACGUUCGAGGAACAAAUGACGAUGGACAAGUGGCCAACUUUGUGGAGACUGAACAGGUUAUUUUCCUGGAUGACAGAGUCUCAUCCUUCAUACAGAUCCGUGGGUCCAUUCCUCUUUUCUGGGAGCAGCCAGGAAUCCAGGUUGGCUCUCAUCGUGUCAAACUCUCAAGGGGAUUUGAGGCAAAUGCACCAGCAUUCGAAAGGCACUUCACUGCACUGCGGAGGUUGUAUGGUAAACAGGUGAUCAUCAACCUGCUUGGGAGUAAGGAAGGGGAACACAUGCUCAGCAAAGCAUUUCAGAGUCACCUGAAGGCAUCAGAGCAUGCAACAGCAGUGAAAAUGGUGAACUUCGACUACCAUCAAAAUGUGAAAGGAGGCAAGGCAGACAAACUCCACAGUGUCCUCAAACCCUACCUCAACAAGUUCAUAGAAGAGUGUGGGUUCUUCUACUACUCGGGAGAGACGGGAAUCGCAAGGACUCAGGGUGGGACCAUUAGGACCAACUGCCUGGACUGUCUGGAUAGAACCAACAGUGUCCAGGCCUUUUUUGCCCUUGAGAUGCUGCCAAAGCAGCUGGAGGAAAUGGGUCUGACAGAGAAACCCCAGCUGGUGGCCAGGUUCCAGGAGGUUUUUAGGACUAUGUGGUCUGCCAAUGGAGACUCCGUCAGUAAGAUCUACGCGGGCACCGGUGCCCUGGAUGGCAAGGCCAAGGCGGGGAAGCUUAAAGAUGGAGCACGUUCUGUGACAAGGACCAUCCAGAACAACUUCUUUGACAGUUCUAAGCAGGAGGCUAUAGACAUCCUGAGGCUGGGCUCCACGCUUAACAGUGAUUUGGCUGACAAAGCUCGGGCCUUGCUCACCACUUCCAGUCUUUACGUCACUGAGCCCGUCUUACAAUCAGCCUCCCCAAGAGUAUUGCUGGGAAUGUGUCAAAACUUCCAUAAAUACACGAGGCCCAAGCAGAUCCGGGUGUGUGUCGGCACCUGGAAUGUCAAUGGGGGUAAACAGUUUCGCAGCAUUGCGUUCCGCAACCAGACGCUCAAUGAUUGGUUGUUGGAUGCUCCAAAGAAGGCAGGGCAUCCUGAGUUCCAGGACAGCAAAGCCAACCCUAUAGAUAUCUUUGCCAUCGGUUUUGAGGAAAUGGUUGAACUGAAUGCUGGCAACAUUGUCAGUGCCAGCACCACUAACCAGAAACUUUGGGCAGCCGAGCUCCAAAAAAACAUAUCACGAGACCACAAGUACGUGCUGCUUGCUUCAGAGCAGCUGGUGGGGGUGUGUCUGUUUGUUUUCAUCCGCCCCCAGCAUGCGCCCUUCAUCAGGGAUGUUGCCGUCGAUACUGUAAAAACUGGAAUGGGCGGGGCUACAGGCAAUAAAGGUGGUGUGGCCAUCCGCCUGCUGUUCCAUACCACCAGCAUCUGCUUCGUCUGCUCCCACUUUGCUGCUGGCCAGUCACAAGUAAAAGAGAGGAACGAUGACUACAAUGAGAUCACACGCAGACUCACCUUCCCCAUGGGUCGUCUGCUAUACUCGCAUGACUACGUUUUCUGGUGUGGAGACUUUAACUAUCGAAUCAGCCUGCCCAACGAGGAAGUAAAAGACCUUAUCAGACAGCAGAACUGGGAUGCCUUGACAGCUGGGGACCAGUUGUUGGACCAGAAGAAUGCUGGUUUGGUUUUCCGAGGUUUCAUUGAGGGGAAGUUAGAUUUUGCCCCCACCUAUAAAUAUGACCUCUUCUCUGAAGAUUAUGACACCAGUGAGAAAUGCCGCACACCAGCUUGGACUGACCGCAUACUCUGGAAGAGGAGGAAGUGGAACUUUGACAAAACAGCUGAGGAGAUGAAUGUAGUCGGGGCAACGUCUACAUCUGGGGAGAAUGAGGAAGAUCCAGAGAACCCCUGGAGCCCUGGGAUUUUGAAGUACUAUGGCAGGGCUGAGCUUAAGACCUCGGACCACAGGCCUGUGGUAGCGAUAAUGGAUGUGGACAUUCUGGAGGUCGACCCUGAGGCUCGGCACCAGGUCUACAAAGAUGUCAUUGCCCUUCAGGGGCCUCCAGAUGGCACCAUCCUGGUGUCACUCUGCUCCUCCGGCCCUGAAGACUACUUUGACGAUGCACUCAUAGACGAGCUGCUGGACAAGUUUACUCAGUUUGGAGAGGUCAUCCUCAUCAGGUUUGUUGAGGAGAAGAUGUGGGUGACCUUCCUGGAAGGGUACUCUGCUCUUGCUGCUCUGUCUCUCAGCGCUUCCACUGUCCUUGGCAAGAUGAUUGACAUCCGUCUGAAGAGUCCAGGCUGGAUCAAGAGUUUGGAGGAGGAGAUGAGCGUAGAGAGGAUCUGUGGAAGCAUCCCCACCUCGGCCAGCUCCACCCUGCUUGCUGAGGACACGGACAUGGGCGACGAUGAUUAUGAUAUGGAAGGUGAUGUGGACGAUGAGGUGGAGGAGAUCCUUCCCCAGCACCUGCAGCCUGGCGCAGGCUCCGGCCCCGGAUCCUCCCCUCUCCCCUCACCCCGCAGUAGCCCCUGUCACUCCCCCACCCACGGAGAACCUGCAGCCCCCAGCAGGCCUAGUCGUUCACAACCCUCCCGACCAUCACAAGGGCCUCCUGUCGACUUCCAGCCUGGUGCCCCCACAUCUCAAAGCAUGGAGCCCAAGCGCCAACCUCCCCCUCGUCCCAACGCCCCCCCACCCAGACCAGCACCCCCUCAACGCCCACCACCACCUUCAGGAGGCAUGAGCCCUCUGCCAGUUAGAAGGGACUCUGCAGACUGUGUUCCCAGCCCAAUGCUCGGUAGGAGAGGCAGUGAAGGACCUAAAAGCCCCGCUCUUCCUCGACCCGAUGCUGCUGCAGGUCGAGGACAGGCUGGAGGUGCUCCCAGACCAAAUAUCCCUCCUCGAGCUGGGGUAAUCAGUAUGCCCCCUCAGUCUCGCCCACCACAUCCGUCUCACCCUGGAGCACCCAGACCCAUCCCAGAGGUGCAUCCUGGGGCCCCUCGGCCCAUCCCAGACACCCACCCCGGAGCCCCAAGACCUGUGCCCAGUGCACUGGCUAAACCGACUGACUUGCCUCUGGGUCCCCCUCUCUCAGGACCACCUCCUACAGAGCUUGCUGCAGCGAGACCCCAGGUUCCAUCACCCAUGCAGGCACCCAUGCAACCCCAACAAGCUGCCCCUUCAGUUCAGUCCCAACUCCCACCACCGAUGCAGCCCACACUUCCAGCUCCACUCCAGCCGCAGCAGGCUGCAGCUCCUAAAGCAGGGUACCCUCCUGCCGCUGCCGCUGCUCCUCUUGCUGGGCCUCCACAGGGUCUAGCCUCUCCUAAACCCCCACCACGUUCCCGCUCCUCUCACGCUCUGCCACCUGAAGCUGCCAAGGCUGAGACAGCCCCAGCUGCGCAGACCAAUGGACUGAAUGGAAUCCAAAGAGAAGCACAAUGGAAGCCUGACCCUUUCGACACACUUGCAUCUGACCUCCUCUCCUCCUCCUCCUCCUCUCCCUGGCACACCACCCAGUCCCUGACCAGAGGCUCCUCUCUGCGUAAACCCCCCUCUGUUCCUGCGUUGUCCUCCAGCACUCUCCCUUCAUCGUUCUCCCUCCAGUCCUCCGCUCUCUCAGAUCUGCAGGCGCUUGAUUCGUCCUCGUCCUCCUCGCUCUCCACCCCAUCACCGUUCGCCUCCUCCCUGCUCCCGCCUCCCCCGGUCCCGUCCCGCAGUCGCUCGCAGGAGACGCUGCGUGCCUCCCCCGGGCCCUUCCCGACCGACCCGCUCCCUGCCCGACCCAGCAGCACCAAUCCAUUCACCGGCCCACUGGCGCAGCAGCAGCGCUCGCUCACACCGGACUUCAGCGUCCAGCAUCCGGCCCCAACGUUAAACCUUCAGAGGACUAUGUCUGCUCUUACUCAGCCGCUCAUCCCCACCUCUGCUCCGACAGCAGCCUCCGCCGCUGCGCCCGCCUCCCAGUUGCAAAGGACCAUGUCCCUGUUCGGACCAUCACCCGCUCUCAGUCAUACACCUGCUCCUCUGCUCCCCUUCAUCCCUGACCCAUCUCCUGCCCCCACCCCCGCCUUGCCUCUGGCCCCGCCCUCGUCCAUUCCACCUGCCCUCGCGCCUCGUCGCCAGCCACCUCCCCCGGGAGGGAAACCAGCCCAGCAGUGGGUCACUUUCGAUGAUGAUUUUCCUUCAACCAAAACACCACAAGCCCCCAUCUUCCCUCCCAGUGCCCUGGUGUCCCAGACUCAGACUCUGCCUUCUCGCUCCGUGUUUGACUCAGAGCCUGACUGGUUAUCCUCCGCCCCUUCAGUAUUCCCAACCCUCCCUCCUCCCAUUCCAACUAGAACGGUAACCAGUAACCCAAAGCUCCCAUAGGGACCCGGUGACGACUGCUUCUUCUCUAGGGAGUCGACAGAAAGAUAGGCUCAUUCUUAAUAUGUAAAGGGCAUAUCCAGAUAUGUAUAUAUCUAUGAUAAAUGUGUAUGUGUGUGUGUGUAUUGUACAAAAGAAACAGUAUUUAAGAAGUAUAGACCAAUCCCCUUCUGAAUAAAAGGAAAGGAUUUAUAUCUCAAGCAGAAACAUGAGAAGUAUGAGCCUAAACGUGUGUUCUAACUUCCAACCACAGAGAUGUUUGCUUGUCCCCUGAUAUUAACAUUUAUUUUAAUAUGAAUCGUUCUUUUAUUUUUAUUUAUGGCAGCAAACAUGUGCCUGUGUCUACAGUAUAUAGUUCUAUAAAGUACAUCUAUACACACAAGUCGUGUGUGAAACCACCUGUGCAAUAGCAAGACACGUCCGCGUGGCCGUGCAGUGCACUGCAUUCGUCCGCAAGCUUUCACCUGUAACAGUGUUACCUUUGCAUUUACAUCGGCUGACACACUGCGGCUCAAAUCCACCAUUACGACUGAUCUGUACAUUGCAGCGUGAUUUCUCAGUGUAGAGGGUAAUCUUCCACUUUUUCAGUUUUGUCAGUUUAGAUCUAGUAGAAAGCUAUGCACUACAGGUUUUAAAUUUGCCCUCAGUAUUGCUGCAGUCUGCGGCAAUCAGAGAAUGACUUUAAUUUGCAAAGAGUUUGUUGUGAGUCUUUUUUUUUCGGUUCUUUUGUGUCUAAGGGGUGCAAAUUUAAAAAAGUGUUUUUGUGCGCUUACUUUUAUCAUGAAUGUACUUUAUGUCGCACUGGGUUUUGUCAUUGCCUCGUCGCCGGCACCACAGUGUGAACAUGUUCAGCACGAGUCAGUGUCAUAGUCAGACCGUUCACUGCCGCAGCACUGAUAGCUCUGUAAUAUCAUCUCAUCCACUCUCUCUCUACUCGGUCAUCAUUCUUUGUCUAUGGGCUCGUACGCUUAGCUGAAUAUAUAUAUAUUUUGUAGCUCUAUAUCAAAACCUAUACAUAGUGAUUAUGUAUAAAUGUAUGUUUUCAGUAUGGAAACUACUCGCUAAAUGUGCGUGUGUUUGUGAUGACCGUAUCAGUGGUUUGCACAAUGUAACUGAUAUGCACUGAAAUGUAUGUGCUCUCUUGGUUGUAUUCUUGUUGGUAGAGCGACAGAAACGAGAGCCUGCGGACUGAACAUAGAGAGGGCUUUUUUUUUACCUUUCCACCUCUGUAGUGUUUUGAUCCUUCUUGAUUUAUCCAAAGCAUUUAACCAUACUAUUGUAAAUUCAGAGAAUGUGGCAUAUGCCUGUAUACUUCUGUUCUCUUUAAGUACGAAGAUGAUGGACAUGGCAGCAAAGACAUGCCACACAUAAUAAUAAAUAUAUGAGGGCACUUUUUUUUUUUUAAACUUCAACUUUGGUUACUGCAAAAGUCAUGCUUUUAAUUUCUAAGGACAUUUCCUCUAAAUAAUCUAUUGAUACUGUGGUGAGAAGUAAUGUGUUGUGUUUGAGGUGCAUAUCGUCUGUUGUGGUGUUGUUGCGUGUUUGGAUGUGAGUGUGUGUGUACAGAGUAAAGAAUGGAAUGCCAGAGCUUCCCCC